UGGGGUCAACGCCAGGGAACCAAUGGCGCUCCUGACCCCCAUAAUCCAACCCUGUUUCACAGCCACCCCAUCGACCGUGAGGAUCUGCCCGUGUGCCUCCCCCUCCGUCCCACGGCCACGCAUUCCGCUCAUCUAGCCGCUCCGUCAUUUGUCCUGUUAUAG